CUAUGGUCCUUACGCCUUAAAAUACCUUAUAUAUAGGCGGUAAAUAGAACAAUUCAAGUAUUCAAAUUACAUUUGGCGGGACGCGGGAGAAAAAAUAUCAAAUUAAAUUAGAAACACGAAGUGCAUUUAAUUAUCUACUGUCUAAAACGAUACUAAUUUGAGUUUUUGCCUACUUGAUUAAAAUGGAUGAAGCUAUUUUACCUGUUGAAAAUGCUCACGAGCCCUUUGAAGAAGCUCAUCAACCAUCGCUAGUCGACGCGAUGCAGACCGAAAACAUGGUUACAUCAAGUCAAAGUUCCAGCAAAUAUAAGGACAUCUUGAGUCAGCCGGCGGCUGGUGUCUCCCACCGGCAGCGACUGCUGUGGCUGCAGAAGCGACGCUCGCCGGGUCUAUGGGCCCAGUGCGAUGAGUGCAGCCGCUGGCGCUAUUUGCCGCAUGUGUUGGAUCGACAUGAGCUACCUGUGAAAUGGUAUUGCAGGAUGAAUCCGGACUCGACCUUCGCGUCAUGCUCCGCCCCUGAGUAUCCCAUACGAAUGCGUGAUGAAGAGGACCUCAUUCACAGCGAGUACAAUGCAGGGUCCCUGGUGAUGGGGCGCGUUGAGGGCUGGCCCUGGUGGCCUGGCAUGGUCGACGAUUGUCCAGACACCGAACAGUAUUACUGGUUGGACGGGUUCUCUGAUAUACCUACGCAUUAUAACGUAGUCUUCUUCGACGCAGAAGACGUUACUAGAGCGUGGCUGGCGCCAUCAGAUAUCAAGCCUUUUAAAGAUAGGAAAAAAGUCAAUAUUGAUUUUAAAAAAAAUAACAGAGAACGUAUUAAAGUGGCUUUAAAACAAGCAAAAGAGGCUGAAAAAAUGACUCUGACUGAACGUUUAGCCAAGUUUAGUUUUGUGGGGAGAUAUAAAGGAGACAUUAAUUCUCCUAAAAAAGUAAAUAAGAAGGAGAUUGGAAAGUAUAAGGAACUGUUCGAGAGAAAGUUUUCCGUCGCCAUGCCGGACGAUGAAAUCUCCGACUCUGAAUCAGUGCCAGAAUAAGCUUACUUGAUGCCCCAAGGAAUCUUCCCCUGAGGGCCCCCUAUUCUUAAGUGAACAACAAAAAGAAUAAUAAAAUUGUUAAAGAAUCCCGUCCCGUAGAAUAUGAACCUAUCUAAAACAAAUCAAUUUAAAACGUCCGAAUUUUGAAAUUGCUUUAACUGUAAAUAAUUUUAUUCUUAUGCUAUUGUUAUUAUUUAUCAAUAAAAUACCAUAACCUACUGGAAUUUAUUCUGAAACGUUGUUUUGAGCAAUUUGCAAGUUUUCCAAUUCACUUGAUUUUUUUCUAUAUAUUCCGCCCAGAUUCGCACUUGGCCAGUUUUUAAUUUGCUUUAGGUAUUCGUUACUAUUGUUUUGUUGCACAAUUAUUUUUCAGAUAGGUACAUUAAAAUACGAAAAUUACUUUUUUAUUAAUUAUAUUUUUUCUUUUUCACACACGCACACGCACUUAUUACUAAUGUGUUAAUUGAGUUCCUUACGAGUAUUUCUGGUAAUAGGUAAAUAAAAGUAUGUUAUGUUUUUUGAUUUACUUUAUGUAUUCGUUACUAUAGGUGUUGCUUGCAAAUUUAUUUAUUAGAUAUAGAUACAUUAUAAUACGUGUUUAUAUUUUUCUUUUUUCUUUACACACACGCGUAUGUGUUAAUUUGGAGUUAUAUAAGUAUUUCUGUUUGGUAAUAUUUAAAUAAAACAGAAUUCAUCUA